AUUGGCCUGAUGAUCUUUUGCAGGUGCAGAAGGAUGAGAGGGGAGAACAUCACCAAGGUGAGCACAUUCAUCCUGCUGGGCUUCCCCACAGCCCCUGAGCUGCAGUACCUGCUCUUCCUCCUCUUCCUGCUCGCCUACCUCUUUGUGCUGGUGGAGAACCUGGCCAUCAUCCUCACUGUCUGGAGCAGCACCUCUCUCCACAAGCCCAUGUACUACUUCCUGGGUUCCUUGUCUUUCCUAGAGAUCUGGUAUGUGUCAGACAUCAUCCCCAAGAUGCUGGACGGCUUCCUCCUGCAGAGGAAACGCAUCUCUUUCGCUGGUUGCAUGACUCAGCUCUAUUUCUUCAUUUCUCUUGUGUGCACAGAAUGUGUACUCCUGGCUUCCAUGGCCUAUGACCGCUAUGUGGCCAUCUGCCAUCCCCUGCGCUACCAAGUCAUCAUGACCACGGGGCUGUGUAUCCAGCUCGUGAUCUUCUCCUUUGCAAGUGCAUUCACAGUCUCUGUGAUCAAGGUCUACUUUAUCUCCAGUGCCACCUUCUGUGGCUCCAAUGUCUUGAACCACUUCUUCUGUGACAUCUCCCCCAUCCUCAAGCUGGCCUGCACCGACUUCUCUACUGCAGAGCUGGUGGACUUCAUCCUGGCCUUCAUCAUUCUGGUGUUCCCUCUCCUGGCCACCAUUCUGUCCUAUGGACACAUCACCCUGGCUGUGCUUCGGAUCCCUUCAGCCACAGGACGGUGGAGGGCCUUCUCCACCUGUGCCUCCCACCUCACUGUGGUCACCUUCUUCUAUGUGGCCAUGAUUUUUAUAUAUGUGCGGCCCCAGGCCAUUGAUACCCGGAGCUCCAACAAACUCAUCUCUGCUGUGUACACUGUCCUCACACCCAUCUUAAACCCCUUGAUUUAUUGCCUAAGGAACAAAGAAUUUAAGGAUGCCCUGAGAAGGACCCUGGGAUUGGGUCACACUCUAUAGUAGAACAUUACAUGUUCUAGAAUCUAAUUUGUGGUGAAAAAAGUCUCUUGUAUAGCACCUAAUGUUGUUUUAAAGUUUUUGUAAAAUUUAGUACUAAUAUGGAGCUAGCUACAAUAACAAACCUUCAUCCAAAUAUGUUUUUUCACUGUAGGCUCAGGUAACUAGCUCCUAAGUAGAUUGGGUAUUAGAGUCCACCCCUAGUGAGCCUCUCUGCCUCAGAAGAACCACUAUGCUAGGUUCUAGGGCUAGAGAGUAAUCUGGGUGUUUUGAAGGUUUUAUGACUGUAGUCAUAAAGCACUUACACUUUCAGGUUCUUUUUUGGCUCAGCAUCAUGUGUUUGGGUCUUUCUGUCUUAGCAUUGAUUAAUGAGUUGUUGCUCAAUAGUAUUCACAUAUAUAUCGAUGCAGGUUUGUGGCAUGCAGUAUUGUGGAUACUGUCUAGGAUGUGUAAUGCUGCUAUUUGCAA